UGAAGGUUUGUGACCACAGAUUACAGAGCAACCUCUGUGAUCUGUGUUUGUGACAACUAACUUAUUAAAAAAAAAAACAUUUUAUUACUUAUUCAUUGUCAUUAGACAACCAAAAUAGUACAGAACCUUUAUUUCGUGAAAAACAACUUUCUAAAUCUGCAAUGGCUGAUCCAAAAUAUGCAGACUUACCCGGAAUUGCUCACGAUGAGCCCGAUGUUUAUGAAUCAGUUGAUUUGCCGGAAUCAGAGCAAGCUGACAACUUUUAUGAGCCUGAAAACGAGCCUGUAGAAAAACUUGAAAUAUCAUCUGAAGAAGCCUACAAUAAAUUUAAAGGAAAGUUUUUGAAUGCUGCCAAUGUUGAUUUUUCUGAGCGACUUGGAAAACAGUUUCGCACAGGCUAUGAUGUAAUAAAUGGAGACUGGGAACUUGCUGGACAAGGCAAACGAGAGACACCUAUUCAAAAGUACCAACGCUUGCAAUGUGAAAUGAAAGAACUGCUUGAAGAAGUCAAUAGUCUAACAGUGAACAAGGAUGAAGGAAAGUUGGAUUGUCUUGUUCCUACUGAUCAAGUUGAACAGUCCUUAAAAUUAUUAGCCGAUCUUAAACUAGAAGAAACUUUAGGUGAAGAACUAAUUGCUAAAAUAUCAGAUCCUGAAGGAUCACAGGUCAGGAAACUUUUGGCACAGUUGGAAGAGUUCAAACAAGUAUUGAAUGAAAAACCUGAAUAUGAAAAAAACAGCAACGAGGAAGGUAUUAUCUAUCAGUUUAAUUACAGACCACAGCACGCUAAAUUACAACAAACUGCUAGAAUCGCCGAAUUGGAGAGUAGAUUGCAUCGAUUAGAGACAGUUUUAGGAGCAUCGUCUGAUAAGUUGUCAAGGUUGACUACGGCAACUAAUAAAGGAAGCUUGUUAGAAGCUGCCCAAUAUCUAAGCGCAACUGCAAGCUUACUUGAUUCUUCUCAGUUAGAUCAUAUAGAGGGAAGACUUUCGGCUUUGUCUCAAAAAUUACAGGUCAUUGGGCAGAAAAAGAAAGAACUGCCACAGGAUGAAGAAAAAGACAAAAUGAUUCUUGAGCUUUAUGACCAGCUUAAAAACACUGAAACCCUCACAAAGAUUCUACCUCAAACUGUAGAAAGGUUAAAAUCAUUGGAAGCUCUUCAUAAUAAAGCCACCGAAUUUACAAAAACGCUUACCCAGAUGGAGUUGAUUCAAUCGGAAAUCGGCAGCAGUGUCCAAAAUAACAAGACUCUACUGCAAGGAGUUCAAGAAAGUUUUGCAACUAAUCUGAAUGAAAUGAAUCAAAAGGUUGUAAAUUUAGAUUCUAGAAUUAAGACCCUUCAGCAAAAGAAAUAAAUGCAAAAUAAUAAAUUA